GAAUGUGGGCACGCCAAGUUAUAGAAGACAGGUUGCAAAAAGCUCGUGAUAAUCUGGAUGUUCUGGAUAAAAAUUUGAAGCGAUUCAGUGGAAGAACAGCUUCUGAAAGUCCUAAUUCAGCUGUAGCUAAACGCCGAGUUGGAACGCUUUCUAGUGCUGGGACAUCGGUUAAAUCCAGAUUACACGGAGGCUUGCAACCGACCCAAAAAUCCAGUGAAACUGAAAGGCCGCAAUUGGAAGAUACUAAAGAUGAGUAUGCAAGUGAAGAAGAUGGGGAAACGAACGGAACUGCGCCCUCUGUUAAAUCUAAUGUCAUGCUCGCUUCAAAGCCAGCGCUAGGUUUGGCUGCCUCCAAAUCAGUGCCCGAGAUAUCAAUGAAGGAGACUACGCAAAGGGGCAAACGAUUUUUCGGCAUCUUGAACCAGCAUCUUAAUUCGUUCAAAGAAAAGGAAAACGAAAAAAAGCCAAAGCUGGACAAAAGAGCUGAGAUUGAAAAGAAAGUAGAGCGAGCUGAGAAAAUGGAGAAAGCCGAGGCCGCAGUUGAGCGUCGCGAGAUGUUCAGAGAGAGAAUUUUACGCGAAGAAGAAAUCGCUCAACUAAAUGCCAAAAUGGAACGUGCUCAAUUGCUUGAAGACUGGGAAUCAGCUAUGCAAAAAACAAAGGGAAACAUUAUGACCAAUUCCAGGCCGCCGAUAUUUUACCGGCCGACGGCUUUUAAUAGAAAAUUAACAGAGAUGCAGAAAAGAACGGAGCGAUACAUCGAUGGCCUUAUAUGGGAGAGAGAAGAAGAGAUGAAGCAAGAGCUUCAUAUUCUGCCGGGAGAUGACUUGAAGCUGAAUGGAUCCGCAAAAGAGGCUGCAGCUGCAUCUAGAGGUGCCUCUACUGCGGAAGGAUCUUCAGACAGCAAAAAAGAGUCUAAGGUAUCUUCAACAGGUAAGGUAAAAAGCAAUAGCGACUUAUCGGAAAAAAACACACCCGCAUCACCUCAUGUCUCUUCGGAGGCGACGCAGGUGUACCCAAAGUCAGAAUCAGAGCCGGGGAGUAAAGGACCUCUGUCUAACGAUAUCGGAAAUAAAGAGCCGGAAAAAAGCCUAGCUGAAGAGCUUGGUGCGCCAGGCGAGGAUAUUGAGAACCUCCUUGUAGAACCGGCAAGUUCGGAUGUCCAGAAAAAAGAUGUAGCAGCCACACCUGUUAUUGCAUCAGCGGUUGUGACUCAAGCUGAGUCAAAUAUUUCAGUUAAAAAGGCUGAAGAAGACGAGAAAUCGAACGAAACAAUGUCACCUAGUAAAAAGCAACGCAAUUACAGGCAACGUAGCAAAUCUCAAUCAGCAGACAAAAGUAAAAAGAAGCGAGAAGACUCCAGUUCGAAUAAGAACGAAAUUUCCAAGCAAGAGUCGAAAAGUGAAUUGAAAAAGGAAUCGACGAAAAAAGAAUUGAAGACCUCUGCUGAAAAACGUAAAUCUGAAAAGAAGUCACCAGACAAGCAUUCGCGUAGUGAUCGAAAGAAGCGAAGUGAUACACCAGAGAAGAAAAAAAGAAAGUCGGAUUCUUCGAAAGAUAUUAAAGAAAAAGAUAAAGAAAGUAGUCAGCGUGUUAGGUCCCCAGAGAAAAAGAAGCCCGUGAGGUCUAAGAAAGAUGAAGCACCAAAAAAGGAAAAUAUUGCAGUUAAGAAGCCUAAAAGACCAGUUAGUUCCAGUAGCUCCGGAUCAUCAAGUCGGGAAGACAAAACCAGGAAAAGGGUUUCUCCGCCACCUAAAAAGAAGGAGCCUAGCUUGCCUUUAAAGGAUGCUAAAUUGGAUGUUAAGAAAAAAGAUAAAGUGGAAACAAAAACCUAUGAUUUAACUUUUGGAUCUGAAUUAAAGAAAGUAAAACAACUUGUAAAAGAUUCGACAAAAAGCGAGCCGAAUAUCCUAAUGCCGCCCAAACCAAAGGAAUCCGCUGCAGAAACAAUAAUCGGGAGCCAAAAGACCGAGGCUAAAGAGCCUGAGCAAAAAUCAAUGGCUCCCCAAGCUUCAAUUUUACCGGAAGUGAAGGUACCUGAUCCGGAUGAAGCAGCCAAAAUUGUUCCGACCCAUUCACCUUUGAAAUCAACAAAUAUGUUCAAAUCUAUAAACCCUUCCCUUUUACCAGUAGAUCAUGAGAAUCUUACUUUUAAAAUAACAUCUGCUUUUCAAGAUGCUCCCAUUCCUCCCAUUUUGGCCCCUCCGCCCAAAGACCCGCCGCCCCCUCGGAAUUCCAGUGCAGCGCAAUCUGAAAAACCGACAGCAUCUUUGAUUACUAAAACAACCGAGGGUAAUUUGAAACCGGCUACUGCCGAUUUUUAUCCUGUCAGUACUGAAAUGGCGAAAGCAGUUACCACUGAAUCGAAUGUUAUGUCAAAUGUACAACCAGUACCGCCUAAAGUUGCACCCCCAAACAGUGCAGAUCAAGACAUAACUGUUAUUUCUGCUACGAGUGCAAAACCCGCUCCGCCCGCUAAAAAGCGACGAUCUCCCAGCAGUUCAAGUUCUUCAAGUGAAAGCGACGAAAGUUCUCCCGAAAGACGGGAUCGCAAAUCGAGACGCUCUCCUACGAGGCGUCGAAAAAGAGCGGAGGGUCAUAAAAAACGCGGAAGCAGGAGCCGUAGAAGACGAAAAGCUUCCUCGCCCAGAAGAAAGUCGACUUCAAGACAUCGUAGAAGACGACCUUCGAGAGAUAGACGAAGGCGCCGUAGGAGUCCGGCUGGAGAUCGCAGGAGACGAAAAGCUGCUUCUUCAUCUUCCAGCGGAUCCUCAUCAAGUGGGAGUGAAAGUUCAUCGGGAAGCGGAUGACAAGGCUGAGUUGACCAUACAUUUUUGUUGUCCUUUUUCUUUCAGUUCUAGGUCAAGCCUGAUUACGAAGGAGAUUGAUUACAAAAAUAGAUGAGUUUUUCAACCCCCGAGUCUGUUUGUUUAAUGGUUUAACUUGAAAAUGGUAUUGUGCAUUGUAUUCAGAAAAACGCACCUGCUAUAAAACUUUGUUCAUUUUUUCUUCUUCCAAUGAAUGGAUAUACAUUUUCAUACUCUUCAUAUCGCGGUAUUCCUUGAAACGAAAAAAUUCUCAGCGUCAAGUGGUUUGUAUUAAGUGACCAUUUGGCAUAAAAAUCAAGAACGAUAAUGAAAACAUAAAUUAACUAGAAGACAAAACAAAAUAACCUGAAACUAGUUGAUGCUUUUUUACCGUAAUUGUUUGAAGUAUGCAUAUGUAGAUAUUUAACUAUUCAAGUUCCGUGUUAUAGCAAAUGUUCAUUUCGAUAUUUCAAUUAAUUUACAGUUAAGCGAAAUUUUUUAAA